ACACUUCCAUAAAAAGCCACGCAAGCGAGGGAACAGAGAGAUGCGAACCGAUCGAACAAACGAAAACUACGAAAAGGUGAAAAGCGGCGCCUCUAUAUACAGAGGAGAGACCGCGUCGUCCUCCUCUUCCUUCCUUCCUUCCUCCCUCCCCUCUGCUGCUGUGCUUGAUAAUGGAGAAGGCAAAGAGAAGAGGGCAAUGAAGUGCAGCAGGCACCCGUACGAGGGCGGGGUUGGCGUGUGCGCGCCGUGCCUCCGCGACCGCCUGCUCGCGCUCGCCGCCGCGCAGAACGAGGCCUCCUCAUUGCCGCCGCCGCCGGAGCCGGUGCCGGUUUUCCCGAGGUCGGUGUCGCCGUACGUGUGCCGCCGGAAGUCCGACGCCUCCGGGGCGAGGAGGCGCACGCCGAGCCUCCUCUUUUUCCGGACGCCGCAGGUGGGGCCGGCCUACGGCGGCGGCGGCGGCGGCGGAGGCGGCGCAGGUGGAUUCGAGGAAGGGGACAUAGAAUUCGAGAUCCGGCGCCGCAGCAGCAAGUUCUCCGUGCUCGCCGCGCUCUUCGGAGCCCAUCGGCAACACGGGUCGGAGGAAAAGCGCAGUAGCAAGGAGCGGAAGCACCGUUCUUGGCUCGCGGCGAUCAUGGCACCCUGGUGGCCCCCGUGGCACCCUGCGGACGCCUGCGGCUUCUCCGGCGAGCUGGGGGCGUCACCGCUCCACCGCCUCUCCUCCGGCUCCUCGCUCCCCCACUGCCGGUCAUGGAAGCUCGCCGACGGCGGCCGCUUCCGGUGAUCCUAUCCUUUAUUAAUUUUUUUCCCGCGCUCCGACAUUAUUUAUCCCUUUUGGGAGGCUUUUCUUUUUUCCUUUUUACCUUUACGUGUAAACUGGAAAAGAAGAAUUCAUCCUGGCCAACCACGAGCUGGCAAGCUGUCCCACUGACAUGUAGGCACCGACGUUUGUCAAAGGUUACUGUUUGUCAGUUGAACAUGUUGCAAGCCACUGUAAAAAAAAAAGCUUCUUGCAUUAUCUAUGUACAGGAUUACUCCUAGCUUUUAAAUUAUUUUCAAGAUAUUAUUUCUUUCUUGUGUUUGAGAUUCCCAAGCCAAUAGAUUUAGUUGUGUGUCUGGCAUGGAGGGAAUGAAGCCAUGUGAGCGGAAUUGAAUGUGAGCGUUAUGAAUUGAAGAUCUGAACUC